AUGGGAAGUCAGCCCAGCAGAGGGAAAAUCCUGCCAAGCCCAAGCUCAAGUCCUUCUGUCCAAGACCAGGGCCCUGUAUCCAUGCAACCAGAGAGGAGCAAAGCCACAGCCGUGGCCCUGGGCAGCUUUCCGGUAGGCGAUCAGGCAGAGCUGUCACUGAGACUGGGGGAGCCACUGACCAUCAUCUCUGAGGACGGAGACUGGUGGACGGUGCUGUCGGAGGGCUCAGGCAGAGAGUACAGCAUCCCUAGCGUCCAUGUGGCCAAAAUCUCCCAUGGGUGGCUCUACGAGGGCUUGAGCCGGGAGAAAGCUGAGGAACUGCUGUUGCUGCCUGGAAACCCUGGAGGGGCCUUCCUCAUUCGGGAGAGCCAGACCAGGAGAGGCUGUUACUCCUUGUCAGUCCGCCUCAGCCGCCCUGCAUCCUGGGACCGGAUCAGACACUACAGGAUCCAGCGCCUUGACAACGGCUGGCUGUACAUCUCGCCACGCUUCACUUUCCCCUCACUCCAGGCCCUGGUGGACCAUUACUCCGCCCUGCGCCCUGCGGAGAGCUGGUCCAGUCCCUGGCAAAGACAUACCCCUACCUGUGACUGUGCAGAGGGCUCCCCUCAAUUGGAAGGAGCUGGACAGGUGAGGGGACCCCUGGAACAUGAAGGCAGAACAAGGGGGAGUUAGGAUUACCCCUGAGAACCCACAGCCCAGAAUGAGCUCCAGGGCUACUGGGGGGUGAGUGAGCACUGCUUAAGCUCUAAGAAGCCAACAUAGGCUCAGGGGGUGGGUGGGGGAGUGGCAGGGAGCAGGAAGUGGCCCUGUACACAGGGCAUGCCUGAACAUGAAGGUGGCCAGAAUGGAAGGGAGAUCAGUCAAGAUGAGGUAGACGGACAGCCCCAGUCCUGAGUGGAGAAGCCAAGCUGUGGUUCAACCUGAUAGGGAACGGGGGCCACUGCGAGUUCUUCACAAGUGAAU